UCUUGUGCAGGAGGAAGCACCGAGCAAGGUGUUUGGUGUUUCCUUGUCACAUCUGAGGAAGACCGGACAGAUGAGACAGGGGCUUCCUCUGGCCUUCACACACCUGGUGGGCUUCCUCGAGAAGCAUGUGUUCAGACUUAGCAAACGUCACAAGGCAGUGAAGAAAAUACUGGAUACCAUUCCAGAGGAAAAUUACAACAUCCUCUGCUUUCUAACGUUCUUCCUGUCCCGAGUGGCUGCCGAGAGUCAUGCCAACCGCAUGACCACCACCAACCUGUCCAUAGAAUUUGGGCCGAUCCUCUUUCAUGUUCCUCAAGGCCCCACAAAGCUUGAGGAAGAGGAGAUGUGUAUCAGCUUCACAGAGUACAUGCUGGACAACCUCAGGCAUCUACUGCCCAAUAUGUACCCUCAAGCAUCUGCCACCAACAUGGCAGUUUUUGAAUUCAGAAUGGUGUUCAGCUGA